CUAGCACGCGCCAUUAAUCGAACGAAACGUUUGUGUUCUGAGAGGUGCAAACGAUAUUUUUAUAAUUCACCAGUGGUUAACUUGUGACGCGUUGUUUGUGUCUCUUAGUUGAAUAUAGAUCGGACGAGUGAAGUUUCAGUAGGAUGGCUAGUCUCCCACUUAAUCCAAAGCCCUUUUUGAAUGGUUUAACCGGUAAGCCCGUGAUCGUAAAGCUUAAGUGGGGUAUGGAGUACAAAGGCUACCUGGUAUCCGUUGAUGGUUACAUGAACUUACAACUGGCCAACACAGAGGAGUUCAUCGAUGGAAAUUGCACUGGAAGCCUUGGCGAAGUUCUAGUUAGAUGUAACAACGUCUUGUACGUUCGGGGUUCCGAGGAAGAGGAGGAAGAUGGCGAAAUGAGAGAAUAGACAAGGACUUUUACUGGCAGGUCAAGUCGAUGGAAUUCGUGAGAAUGGUAUGCUGGGCCUAGCUGUCUGGGUGAUAUCUUCUAUAGCGCCGUGCGUUCCCUAAACUGAACUUUUUGUAUACAACGCAACUAUUCCUGCCAACUUCACUCACGACUAUAUAUAUAUAUAUAUUUUAUUUGCUCAUCUCAGUCGACUGCUUUGGCAGAGGUCGCGGCAAACUCAUAGGUUAUCAGUUGUCUGGCAGCAUCCAUUUUGGUGUCAUACCUCAUCCUUUUCAGGUCGUUCACUGUUGUGAUAACAGCAGUGAACGACCACUCGUCAUCAAUUCAAUGUGAAUAGAAGCAAUAUGCGACCAAUAAAUAUCAAAUACAAUCAAUAAUUGAAGUUUAA